CAAUGGGCACUUCUAUUGGCUCAUUUGCUCGUCAGUGGCACGACAACUAGCCGAACUGGAAGCUCGAGCUGUUGACGGCGAGGGGCGGUACGAGGCCGCACUUGCUGACUUCACCAGAAAAAUACAAGAAGAGGAAGCUCAAGGGAGUUCGGCAUCUCGAGCUGAGGAGGUCCGGGCGAGACUUGAUCGAAUGGUCUCAGCUAAUGCGACGUUACGGGCUGACCUUCAGGAGAGGGAGGAGAGGAUAGAGAAAGAGGAGGAGGAAAUUCAACGGGAGACCGAUCAGAAGCAUAUCUUGAGGAAGUGGCAUAGGCGCCCCACUCGAUGGAAUUGA